GCUAGUCCCGCACAUUAGUGUCGACUUGAACUGCUGUGUGAGGCCUCAAAAUAGUUUGGAGCAAAAUGGCGGAAACUGAGCAGGAUUCAAGUGUGAAUCCGGCACAAAGCGCCAAACAACUGGAUUCCGGGAACAUUCAGGGUGAUGAGCAGACACCAGACACAGACAUGGCUGUCGGCAGCUCACUGCUGGCUCCUGAACCUGUCAAGUCUCCACCACAGCCACAGCCCAAACCACGACCAAAGAAAGCUCCUGAGCUGCCCAUAUUUGAGUGUAAGAACUGGCUGAUACACCAGCAUUACAUCAGGAAGGAGUAUGAGCUGUGUAAGUCUUUGAUAAAGGAAGAGCUACAAGAGAGCCAAGGGAUGUGUGAAUAUGCUAUCUAUGUGCAAGCUCUGAUCAUGAGACAGGAGGGGAACAUACAGGAGUCUCUGGAGCUGUUCCAGACAUGCUCGCUGCUCAACCCACAGAGUGUGGAGAACCUCAAACAAGUGGCACGAUCCUUGUUCCUUCUGGGCAAGCACAAGUCUGCCAUUGAUGUUUACAAUGAAGCAUCCAAAAUGAACAUGAAAGACUGGGAGAUCUUCCACAACCUUGGAGUGUGCUACUUGUUCCUGAAGGAGUACAGCAAGGCUAAGGAGAACCUGAAGCUGGCUAUCCAGUACAGCCGGCACGAGGUGUCCUUCCAGAUGCUGGCCAGAGUCUACCUGUUGGAACAUGAUGUGGACAUGGCUCUGGACAUCUAUAAACGAGCUGUGGAAUUCUCUCCUGAAAACCCAGACCUUCUCACAAACCUAGGCCUGCUGUAUCUUCAGACAGGACAGUUCCAAAGAGCAUUUGAGCACCUUGGAAAUGCGCUAACCUACGAUCCUGUCCACGUAAAGGCCAUCAUGGCAGCAGGAUCUAUGAUGCAGAGUCACGGAGACUUUGACGUGGCUCUCACAAAGUACCGUGUGGCAGCAGCCAGCACGCCGGAGAGUGCUCCGCUGUGGAACAAUAUCGCCAUGUGCUUCUUUGGAAAGAAGAAAUACGUAGCAGCGAUCAGCUGCCUGAAGCGAGCGGUGUACCUGGCACCGUUUGACUGGAAGGUUCAGUAUAACCUGGGGCUGGUCCAUCUCACCAUGCAGCAGUACGCCUCUGCCUUCCACUAUCUCAGCGCUGCCAUCAACAUCAGGCCCAAAAUGGGAGAACUCUACAUGCUCCUAGCAGUUGCGCUGACUCAUCUGGAGGAUGAACAGAACGCCAGAAGAGCCUACGAGCAGGCAGUCCUCUUAGAUCAGAAAAAUGCGGCUGUUAACCUGAACUACUGCAUCUUCCUGAUGAACCAUGGAGAGCGGAAGGCAGCUGUUCGCCAGUUCUCUGUGUUUGAACAGAAACUUCAGGAGGCCAGAAAACACUCCGCAACUGUGGACCAAGAGCUGCUGGACAUGGCAGCACGGCUGGGUCCUUCUCUACACUUGGGUGAAAAUCUGGUGUGGAAUAAACAGCAGGGGGCCGACACAGCCAACUCCCAGCACCCCGGGAAGGCACCCGUGCCCGCUGCACACACAAACGACGUCCCACCUCCAGCAGAGGACAGGGAAACAACCCUGCCAACAGCGCCCCCUGCUGAACUGCAGCCAACUGCACCUCCUCCUGAACCAGACCUGGACGCCUUACCCAGCCCCCCCUCCCACCCUCUGGAGGAGGAGACAAGCAGCAGGAGAGAGAGAGUAGCAGUGCCGGCAGACUGAGGCCAGGAACAUCAUGCAGGGUUGGACAAGUUUUCAAAAAUCUGCUUUCAAGUACAUGGUCAUUUCUACUUGUUCGAACCAAGUUUUCACUUUCCCAAAAUAUAAAUGUCAUAUUUCCUUGCAUUUUGACUUGCAGUAGCAAGGAAAUUAUUCUAACUUCAGUAUGAAAGCAAAUUGGUGGUUUGAGAGGAAAAUACUGGGGCA